AAAGUAAAUUAAUGUUUCCUUUCUGCUAGUUCUUAUCCUUCCAUUGUACCGGUUGAUUACAUCUUCAAAUAAAAUUAUAUUUUCGAGUCCUGAUUAAAUUUCUAUAAUCAUAAAUGUAUUUCAAAUAAUGUUUCAUACGGCUUGCUAUUAAGUAGUAGAAUGUGUUGUAAAUCCAAGAUUGUAUGUGAGAAACAUUACGUAGAAUCGACCGAAAUUAAUUAGACUUCAAUAGCAAAUGGUGCCUGAUUCAAAGUACCUACAUGUUGAAUUUAAUUUGCCUCAUUUGAUUGCAACUCCUAGGUCCUGUCUACAAAGAAAUUAGAAUGUGUGGCAUCGGGUAAGAAGAUGUACUCCAGAAAAGCAACACCAGUGGCAAAGUAAACUUCGGCUCUCUUUUCUAGUUGAAUAAAUACUUGCACAAAAUGGCAACCGUGCAACAGCAAACCACUCAACUUGAAUUCCAUCAGGCGAUGGCUGACUUCAAAACUAUGUUUCCAGCCAUGGAUGAUGAUGUCAUUGAGGCCGUUCUACGGUCGAAUCAAGGCGCUGUUGACGCGACAAUUGACCAGUUGUUGGCGAUGACAACCGACAAUGAGAACGAGAAGAUCAGACAUGAGUUGGAUGAUGACUUGGACGAGUCAGGGCAGCCACUCAUGUCGUCUGCGGCCCGUGCCGAGAGAGGGGCUGCGGCUAGUGGCACUUCUACUCCCAAAAUGAAGAAACACGAUGAACCGAGCGACUGUCCGACUCUGCUGGACGAGACUCCCGACCUGCUGAGUCAGGUGCCCGUCUACGCGAGUCCGACUCGGUUGUCCGACGAGUCGGAAGGUGCAGCGGCCGUGCCGUGUGACGUUGUGACGUCAGCUAGCAAUGCGGGGGCAUCACUUGUGACGUCAGGUAGCAAUUCGGGGACACCACUGAGGCAGCAGAUGGGAUGGGUGCCGCCUCUUCUGGGACAGCUGCCUGACGACUUUCUGCGUCUGACGCUGACGUCUGACGCAACUUCUAGCAAGCAGACUGAAAACGAAUUACUGGAGGAUGAAAGAAUUGCGCUUUUUCUUCAAAACGAAGAAUUCAUGGCUGAACUGCGAUGGAAUAAAGAUUUUCUUUCAAUGCUUGAUAAAGAUAGUCCACCCGAGGAACGGCUGACCAGCUUUCCCCAUAAAGGAAGCGAUGAGGAGGAUAUCUUCAAAGAAAGACUGCGAAACAUGGGAAAAAUGUCGCGUAAGAAGUUUUCGCAGUUGGCCCGAGUGUUCACGGGUCGCAAGAAGCGGACCUCCGCCAAGCAGAUUCUGGCGCCGUCACGUGACAACCUCCUCCUACAGGAAGACGACAGCGACGGUGUCUAAUGUGGUUCACUUCAUUCUGUCAGCAUCGGUUGAAGGGAGGCGUCUGUGUUAUUCAUAUUAUGGAAAGCUGACAGGUUAAGUGAAUCACUUCACUAGCUGGAUUACACCAACUGGUAUCAAAUUUCUGGUCAGCUGAUUUUAACUAUACAUGUUGGGUUGCAUCAAUCAAUUAUUUCAUAGCCCUCUAUAAAUUGUUCAAUCAAUCAGUUGUACUAAACCGCACAAAAAUAUUCCAAUGGAAAUAAUUAAAAAGAAAACUCCCUCCUCACCCCUUGAUAUACAUUAUUAUUAAACGAAAAUCCAAAUUAGAUGCUGUAAUUCACC